AUGGAUCCCCUCCCGCCUCCUCCAAUAGCUACAGCCAUCCCGGACGCCCUCCUGCGCACCGUCUACGCCUCCGACCAAGCCAUGUACCCCGUCGCACUGUCUUACGAUAGGCUCUACUCCUGGGCCAACGCGUGUCCGGAAUUGUGUGUCUGUUUUCGUUACCCGCCGGCACCACGGGAAGUAUUGCUGUCGCCUGAGAAUGACGAUCAUGUUAAUGACGGUGACGGGACGGAUGGUGAUGGGAUUGUUGGGGUGAUUAUCGUGCUCCCGUUGCGGAGACAGUAUUGGGAGAGGCUUUUGGAUGGGCGGUUGAAGGAACCGGAUGUUGAGCCAGGGGAAAUGUUCCCAGGUUCGUCACUCGGGGGAGAUGGUCAGGAGAAUGGAAUGGGACGUGUGGUGGAAGAGGAAGUCGGAUUGCAUGUGUAUCACAUUGAAAAGUUUGGUGCGUUCAACGAGAGUAUGAAAGGACAACGUUUCUCAGAGUUUGCUUUAGCAGAAGUGGCAGCGAGAGCUCGGUUGAAGCCAGGGUGGAAUGUCAUUGGCAUUUCAGCACUUACCGCUACGCAAGACGGGAAAAGGACGUUCGAGCGGCUCGGCUUUUCCCCGACUGGUUACCGGGAGUUGUUUGUGGCCAAAUAUCCGGGCCAGAGCCCCCGUGAGAGUGGGAGUGAUACACAACAGCUGAGGAUGGUUUGUCUUUCCCCCGGCCAGGGGACACAUCUCGACCAAGCUAUCGACGGCGGUGCGAUAGUCACCAUGUCUGAGAUGACGUUGAGGUAUGAGUUAUAA